AUGACCUCCCAGGACGCCGCCGCCCCGCCGCUGGCCUCUCCCAAGCGCCCUGCCCCGGGGGAGCAGCCGUCGCCCGAGGUCCUCGUCACCUACAAGCGCCGCCGCACGGCCGCCUGCGGCGCCACCUCCGACCCCGGAGCGCCUUGUGCCACCAUCGUCCCCUGUAGCGGCAGUUCCGGGCAAGAUGGCCACCACAUGCUGCCCAGACAUUGGAUUACUUGGAGGGACACGUUGGAGGGUUUCCUGCAAUCCCCAGGUGUAAAUAAGGGUGGGGGGAUUCAGAGCUGCAUACAAGAUGCGCUCAGAUACAAUUGCUGUCAAUCAGUGCAAAAAGGUGACCUAAAUAAAGGCCAAGGAGCGUCAGAAGAGCAUCCUGCUGGAGUAGCAGGUGCUAAAGAGAUUAGCUCCUCUAUUGCAUUAAAAGAUGCAACUGCAGCAUCUUUGGAUGCCAACACAGCAAUGUGCAAUAAUGCUCUCCUUGACAUUUUUGUCUCGGAGAAGUUUGCCUUGUUGUGUGAUUUGCUAGUUGGAACUUUCCAUGUGAGUAAGGUUCAUGAGGUCAUUGAUUUGGGGAAAAUUGACACCAACAUGAGAAAUGGAAACUAUGCACGGAACCCGGCUCUGUUCAACGACCACAUCCAGCAGAUAUGGGAGAAGUUUGAACAAGUUGGCCGAGAGAUGACAAGUCUAGCCAGCAAUCUUCCAAUCAUUUCACGAGCUUCCUAUCAGAAGCAAGCUUCUGGAGUUUCUGAAGUAGAGGUUGCUGCUGAGCACAGGAUCAUAGAGGAAACUAGUUUGGGUGGUUUCGUCCAGAAAAUCCCGAAGGAUUCAAAUACGACCACACAGUUCUCCCCAUGUGAUUCCGGUCAUUCUACAAUACCAAAGCGAUCUGGGACAUGUGGACUUGGGCGAACUUGCACUUGCAAACAAUGUGGAACCAGUGCAGAGGAAGAAAAAAGCCUUAUCUGUGAUGGAUGCGACACGACAUACCACUUUGACUGUGUGAAGCGACUCCAUCCUGCCAUGACACAAAUCCCGGACAACUGGCACUGCCCUGCCUGCAGCAACAAUAAGGGAAAGGGAAAGGCUGCAGGCACCAAGAAGAACGUUCAUGACAGCCUGCAUGGUGAUUGUCCUCUGUGUGACAAGCUUGAGGUCGUCAAGAAGGUAGAACCACCUGAAGUUGCCAGCGGAAUCGAGGUAGUCGACGAAAGAGAAGGGAGCUCGGUGCCGAGCGUGGAGGAAGAGAACGAGCCGGAUCUGUACACGACCGCCCUGUCGAAGCUGUGCAAGAACUGCGGCACGUGCGAGGACGACGACAAGCAGUUCCUGGUAUGCGGCCACCCUUACUGCCCCUACAAGUUCUACCACAUCCGGUGCCUGAGGACGAGCCAGAUCGCGCUGGAGAAGCAGAAGAACCUGGAGUGCUGGUACUGCCCCUCCUGCCUCUGCAGGGGCUGCUUCAAGAACAAGGACGACGAGGAGAUCACCCUGUGCGACGGGUGCGACGAGGCCUACCACGUGUACUGCAUGACGCCCAAGCGCACCUGCGUCCCAAAGGGCCACUGGUACUGCCCGCUGUGCAGCGUGCGGCGGGCGAGGGAGGGGAUGCAGAGGUACGAGAAGUCAAUCCUGAAUAAGCAACAACAUAUAGGCGCCAAGCGCGCGAGCCAGCCGGACAACGCAUAGCAGCCUAGUUGAUGAUGAUAUUGCUUGGCCAAGAAGAGUAAUAAGCAGAAUUGCGUUUUGCAAGAUUUUGCUUGGCCGAGCGUUUAGGUAAAGGAAAAAAGGAAGGGACGAUGAUCAUUCUUUGGCCCUCGUUCUUGGGAGGGCCGGUCAUUUUGUUAUGUAUACACUGGCUUGAAGAAUAGUUGAAUCAGAGCCAGUCAGUUGUGUAGUUUGACACUUACAGUGUGAUGGAAGUCUCGCCUGAUGAAACGCUUCUUUUAUGUAGGCUGUAUUAUUAUCUGCACGAAACAUCACUUGAUUUCUUGUGUUUUUUUACUUACUUAGUGCCAGUUGUUCCAUUGUAACUCUUGUAAGGAACUAAUGAUGCCCUUGUCUAUCUCUCCGUUUUCCCUGUUGUUUGGCUAUGACUCACUGUACUUUCGUGUUAUUUUACCUAAUACUAGUAGUCCUAUUUUCGGAAA